AUGGCUAUUGAAAAGGCAAUUAUUAAUAUUGAAGUAACGGAUAGCGAUUCAGUCUGCGAAAUUCCUGAAGUAGAAUGGAUACCCUGCAUUGACAUGCAGUUUGAUUCCGAAGAAGCGGCUUAUGAUUUUUACAAUGAAUAUGGUGGCAAAGUGGGUUUUAAUAUUCAGAGAGAGUACAAAAACAAUAGUCGGAAAGAUGGAAAAGGAACAUCUAGAAUUUUUGUGUGUAGCAAGGAGGGAAAAAGAGAUUUUAAAGAUACUCAUAACCAUCAUCUCAUCAGUGAGGAAUGUGCCCACAUGAUGCCGUCACAGCGAAAAAUCAAGUCAGUGCAAGCUAUUGAUAUGGAAUUGGUUGCUGAUUGUGGAAUACCCAUUCGUAAAGCCUUUGAAUUAAGUUCAAGGCAAGCUGGUGGUAGAGAAAGUAUCGGCUUCACUAAGGCUGAUGUAUAA